AUGAGCUUCUUCCAGCCACACCGCACAUUCAACCCCAACGGGAGUAAACACCUCUUUGACAAGAUUUUGUUUGUGAAAGACAGUGAGUUUCUCCGAUGUUACUGUGCCGAAUUAGUGAAAGGGAAAAUGGCGCCGGAGUGUAACACCAACGCGCGUCUGUUAGUUGAGUAUUUUAACGUUCAUGGGAAACUUCUAGAUUUAAUGAAAGAAGUCGCAAAGCGCGAGAUAGAAACGACGAAUGUCGAGACGCAGAUCUUUCGAGGGAAUACCUCAUUCACGCGGUUAUAUGGGGAGUAUAGUCAUUUAUGUUUACUGCCAUAUUUAAGAGCCGUCACACGAGAUAUCAUUCAGUCGUUGAUGUCCGAUGCUAUUAAAUUAGACUCCGAUGCUUUUGGUGCGACAGACUCGCCCAAUUAUAAAGAGACGAUGGAUACCUUCUGUACGCUCUCAAAGACCUUUGCGACUAAAUUAGUCGACUCCAUCAAUUUAUUGCCGUCGCACUUCCACCAGUUGUUGCGAUUCAUAUCCGUCGAAGUCGCUAACAAAAACUCACCAAAAUCAACACCACAAAACACUUUUAAUCUUCUCUUCUUCAUGAGAACUGUGUUCCCCGUGUUCCACGCUCCACAACAUGUAAUGGACACAAUACAACCACCUUCACCAGAUAUGGCAAAGCGACUCACUGCCUUUUCUAAAGCGUGUCAAUCGUUAUUGAACGAUGGUUCUUUGACGUCUGGAAUACCAACGGAAGUUGCGCUUGUCAUGACUAACGCUGCAGGUAAGUUGUAUGAGAAUUUCACCCAUCCAAGAUCGGGGUAUAUGACCGAGAAGAGCGGAUUGGACUUCACUUUACAAGGCGCUGCACACCAGAAAAUUGUCGAACUCAUUCGAGCGAAUUUGGACGCGAUUGUGGGACUGAUGACGAGAGACGUCGAUGCACUCAAACAAGCACUUUCUUCGGAGAAGAAUGAAGACUCCGUCAUGACUGAAAUGCAGCAGUCGCUUGAAUUUUGUAGCAACACGUACGCUGACAGAUUACAAGCAGUUGAAGAUGAAAUCAAAGAUCUGACGGGAGAAAUCGAGAAGUACAAAACACAAUUAACAACACUGAAAAAGGCCAUUCAAGACGAGGACAAUCUCACUGCAAAGUUACAAGAAGAAAUCGGGAAAUUAGAAAAUGAGUCGUCGAACACUACUAGUCCACGUUCACCUUUAAUGGUGUCUGGAGAACACUCGGCAUCAUCGAAGAAAGAGUCGUCUGAAAAUUAA